AUGACUCAAGCGAAUCAAUCGCUUGCUAAUUUUUUUUCGGUGCUUUAUGCUUCUGCAGCUAUUGCCGUUGUUCCUUUAUCGGUUAUAGGUUUGCUAGCUAAUUUAUUUGUACUUUAUAUCUUUAUCACGGAGAAAUUUUUUCGUAAAGUAACCUAUCAGUUGAUAUUAAUAUCAGCCACGACGGAUACAAUCUCAUCGAUAACCUACAUCUGUGUCUAUAGUCAAAUUGCUGCCAAAUCGUUGAAUUUAACCUCUGGUACAAUCAUGUGCAAAUGCUUGUUCUUCAUUACUAUGACAUCUUAUGCGAUAUCAAUUAUGAACUUAAGCUUGAUCGCCUUAGAUCGUUAUUUUGCUAUUGUAAAACCGUGGGCCAGAUUUUAUCGUUUGCAUCGGAAUCAAUUUGUGAUGAUAUGUGAAGUUAUCAUUUGGAUUAUGGCAAUUAUAAUCAAUUUUCCGUUACUUAUCAUUGGUAAAGCUUCCCUUCAAGGAACAGUUAUGUGUGAUAUAACGGAAGUAUCGACUCUGCAGUCUGUCUACUUUAUUGCUUUUGCCGUACUUUUGUACAUCUUGCCGUCGUUUGCCAUUAGCAUCAUUUACUGGCGAAUUAUAGUCCAUCAAAAAAAUUAUGUUCACCCUGGCCAUGCACUACAAAAUCAACUUAAGGAGAUGCAAAUGCGUAAAAAGAAAUUUAUUACUGCCUUAAUAAGUAUUACAACAAGUUAUAUCUUGACCACUUGGCCAUUUUUUGCUACUGCAAUAGGAGUUGCUGUAACUCAAAAGACAAUAUUACAAAUUCGUGAGAGUAGUUCAGCUGCCUUCUUAUUGGCAUUCUUUUCCUAUCCAGCAACAACAAGUAUUACAAUUUGGAAUCCAUUUAUUUACUUGAAAUUCGACUACAACGUUCGAGCAAGCGCAAAAGCUAUCUGCCAGCGAGUAGGCAUGAUAUCAGAGCAAAGAGUUCUAAGAAUGAUGGUUAAUGAGGAUAAGGAGCAUCAGAAACUAAGUCGUAAUACAUCAAUGGAAUUUAUCCGUGCAUAA